UCAGUUCCCCUAUUCGCAGAGAGCGAAACAACAUGGCGAUAGAGUCGAGUGGACGGAGGUUUACGCUAACUUUAUUAAUUUUUGUGUGCGUUUUUGCGGGCAGGCAGGCUAAGGAGGCGGUGGCGGAGUCAAGAGCCGCGCCCCGGAUACUCGGUAUGAGACUGGAAAGGAGCGAGACGCCGGCCAAGACCACAGAGAAAGGGGUAAUUCAGGUGACCGAGGGCAGCGAUACCUUAUUUAGGUUCUACGGGCUUCACUUGCUCCCAAACAGCUCGGCGCUCAUUAAGUUCACGGAACUUUACUCCAGCGAUAAAGUGGAUGAUGCUGUCGGCCAUAACAUGACCCCCUUAAAUAGGACUUGUCCCAAACUCACAGAGGAUAUAGAAGUGAAGGGGUCCAUGGUGGUAACGAACCAAAACACCUCCGGGGUGGUCAGCCUCCGGAUCAAGCAGCUCCGCAAAAGCGAGGCGGUGAAGGUGUUCGGCUUGUGCGUCCGCGACACCCAGGAGAAAGAUGAGACGUGGUACAUGCUGGACGAUAAAGACGGCAGAGUGCGUGUAGUGGAGGUGGCGAAGUCCAUGCUGCCCAUCUGGCUGCAGGUGAUCCUAAUCGCCUUCCUGCUAGUGUUGUCCGGCAUGUUCAGCGGGCUCAACCUGGGGCUGAUGGCACUGGACCCAAUGGAGCUCCGAAUCGUGCAGAGCUGCGGCACCGAUAAGGAGAAAAAGUACGCUCGGAAGAUCGAGCCCAUCCGCAGGAAGGGUAACUACUUGCUGUGCUCGCUGCUCCUCGGAAACGUCCUGGUCAACACCACCCUCACCAUCCUCCUGGACGACCUCACCAAGUCCGGGAUCGGCGCUGUGGUCUCCUCCACAGUCGGCAUCGUUAUUUUCGGCGAGAUCGUCCCGCAGGCGCUGUGCUCCAGGCACGGUCUGGCAGUCGGGGCGAACACAAUCCUUGUUACCAAGUUAUUCAUGCUGUUAACUUUCCCUCUGUCGUGGCCCAUCAGCAAGCUCCUGGACUUCGUCCUGGGUCAGGAGAUCGGCACCGUGUAUAACCGGGAGAAGCUGGUCGGGAUGCUGAAAGUCACCGAGCCGUACAAUGACCUGGUGAAAGAGGAGCUAAACAUGAUCCAAGGCGCACUGGAGCUCAGGACCAAAACAGUGGAGGAUGUCAUGACGCCGGUCAGCAACUGCUUCAUGAUCCACAGCGACACCGUGUUGGACUUCAACACCAUGUCCGAGAUCAUGGAGAGCGGAUACACGAGGAUACCUGUGUAUGAGCAGGAGCGGUCCAACAUCGUGGACAUCUUGUAUGUCAAGGACCUGGCUUUCGUUGACCCGGACGACUGCACCACACUCAAGACCAUCACAAAAUUCUAUAACCAUCCUGUCCACUUUGUCUUCCACGACACCAAGCUGGACUCCAUGCUGGAGGAGUUUAAGAAAGGAAAAUCUCACCUGGCCAUUGUCCAGAAGGUAAACAACGAGGGGGAAGGAGAUCCCUUCUACGAGGUGUUGGGGUUGGUCACCCUCGAAGACGUCAUUGAGGAGAUCAUUAAAUCAGAGAUUCUGGAUGAAUCGGACCUAUACACUGAUAACCGCAACAGGAAAAAGGUGGCGCCCAAUAAGAAUAAGAGAGACUUCUCUGCCUUUAAACACGAGAGUGAAUCAAAAGUGAAGAUCUCUCCUCAGCUGCUGCUGGCCGCCCAUCGCUUUCUGGCUACAGAGGUGAACUUGUUCAGCCCGUCUCAGAUCUCAGACAAGGUUCUGCUGCGAAUCCUGCGCCACCCUGAUGUGAUCCAGGAGAUCAAGUUCAACGACAGUGACAAGCGCUCGCCCCAACACUACAUCUACCAGAGGGGCAAGCCCGUCGACUACUUCGUUCUCAUCCUGCAGGGACGAGUGGAAGUGGAGGCCGGCAACGAGAACAUGAAGUUUGAGACCGGACCUUUCUCAUACUACGGUGUCAUGGCGCUCAAUGCUCCCACACUGGUGGCUGCACCUCGUCCUCGCCACAGCUCCUUUAAAAGGUUUUCUCUGUUCUCUCGGUGGCCAGAGUUUCGUUCGCCAUCUAACGUCAGCGGGUUGAACCGCACAACCUCUCUGAGCGGAGCCGACCGGACAGAGUCCCUCUCCAUCAGCGGCAGCAACAGCCAGCUCAACAGCAGCAUCCCCUUGCAGCAGUACACGCCCGACUUCUAUGUCCGAGCUCUCACUGACCUGCAGUUUGUCAAGGUCACACGGGCCCAGUACCAGAACGGUCUGAUGGCGUCCCUUCUGGACAGCACGCCCCAGUCCCCAGAGAGCAGCCACAACACGAUUAACCUGGAUCAAACCACUCCCCCCGCCACCGCCAACACCACCAUCACCAUCACGGACCUGGGAGCAGACUCCACGCCUACGGAGAACGGUCCGGACGAGACAACGCUUCUCCUUCUCAACGAGCAGAACUCACCGCACACAGCCAACCACCACAGCCAGCUGGGAAACAGCGUUUGACCCCCUACACACUCCUUUUGCACGCAUGCACUACUACGCUUGAAUGUAUGCUGAGGAGGGGAGGAGGAGUGAGUGAGUGAGUGAGUGAGUAGUGUGUGUGUGUGUGUGUGUGUGUGAGAGAGAGAGAGUGGGGAAUACAGACACAUGGACAUCAAUAGACAAGCCAUGUGCAUGCGUAUUGUGUAAAUAUUCAAGGAUUAAACAUACACAUGCACACACACAGACAUGACCCGUUUUUAUUGUGGGAACUUCAAGACUCACCGCAAACACUCAUCUGUUGUAGUUCGUCGACAGAAGUGUGUGUCUGUGUCUGUGUGUGUGUGUCUGUGUGUGUGUGUGUGCGCGUGCGUGCGUGCGUGCGUGCCGUGCGUGCGUGCGUGCGUGAGCACAUGCUCCUUAGUGUAUUAACUGAUGACAAAGAUCUGAAGGACCUGCUUGUCUGGACCAGAAAGCUCCUCUCUCUCACCCAUCCUCGUCAGUCAAUUUGCGAGUUUCCUUCUGUGUGUGUGUGUGUGUGUGUGUGUGUGUGUGUGUUUCUUCCAAUUCACUUUCCCUAAUGAGAGACUCAGGGAGACUCCGCCCUCCUUCUCCCCCUGCUCUUGCCGACGUACAUACAUUUAUGCGAGUGCGGUCCAACCGCAAGCCACAAACCAAACCCACCGCCGCAUGUGUAGCAACCUGCAUCCCUUCUCCCAAUCCAUACAGCUAGUAGACAAAGACAACCGCAGCAUGUCAGCAGAGUUCAAACAAAGUAAUAUACUAUGUUCCAUAGAAAUUCAUAGUUAGAUAUUUAUUGAUGAAUUCUGUGAGAGACGGACACACAUGACAAUUUUUUUUUUUUGG